UGAUUUAAAAAUUGGCAUCAUCAUUGUGAGGAUUACAAUAGUGAAUAAUAAUUGUCAUUCCCUGCAUUUACACAGAAUUUAAACAAAUAUACCACUAAUUAUUCAAUAAUUUUUUAUUUAAAAUAAACAAAAAUGAGUUUCAAUUUGGGAUCUUCUCACGAGCAGACAGAGAGUUUUGACAUGCCAACUGGUGCUUAUGGUGCUCCGGAUCCAAUGAUUCAUGGAUUGACAAACCCACGUCAAAAUCUUGGAGUCAGUCAUCCUCUUGAAACUUCAGAACGCAAUUUCCAUCAAAAUCGUUUACAACGUGAAAUGGUCUUAAUGAGAAACAUCCAGGGUCUUCACGCUCCAAUCCGUCUAGCAAUGGAACUGAAAGCCGCUGACCAGGUUGGCCGACACCCAUUCUUGCCAUCGUCAAACGUUAUGCGUGAUGUUUUGCUGGCACGUGACGAAGAAAUUGGAUUUGAAGAUAUACUGAACCCAGUUGAGUUUAGAGAGCAAAUGCUCCAGCCUCACGCAGUUGUGGAGAAAAAAUUGAGAUUGUUAUAACUUACUAUUAAUAAUUAAUUGAUAACUUGGUAAUGUACCCCUUAUAUAUCAUACAUUACAUCAAAAUAAAAUUUUUCUUAAUUGAUAAUUAA